AUGUCAAGUGCUGAUGAGAUCAGGGCCAAGCGUUUGGCCAGAUUAGCUGCUAUGUCAAGUAGUAGCUCCAGUUCAACACAACAAUCGCCUGCAAAUCAAGAAUCAAAUACUCAACCAACGAAUCAACCAAGUCCAACCAUUGACAGUUCUGAAAAAUCCCAACCAAUUGUCAAGCCGGAACCAGAAAAACCAGCUACUCCUGUUAAGACACCGGUAGAUCAAUCAUUACCAAAAGAGGAUCAGAUAUCACAAUGGAUCAGAUUGGAAUUGGAAUACAUUUUUCAAGCAACUAUAAAAUCGUCUGAUAGCAACACUAAAGGACUAAUAUUUCUACCUAAUUUGGCUUAUGAAAUAACUGAAGCUAGCGUCAAGUUGAACGAAGAUCACAUAGAAUCUAUUUUCAUGGAAAUUUUAACAGAAGUGGGAAUACCAAAAAGAUACAAGAUCCCAAUGGAAUAUUUGUACACUGUCUACCAUGGUGCAUUCAAAGCCAAGAGAACAUUACCCGUAAAAGCCUCAUUCUACGAAGACAAAAUCGCUUUCUUGAAUAAAGUUAUCAGUCUCUCAACCUCAUAUGCCAGCAUGGGAUUCCAGGUCCCUGAUAUGUUUCUCAAUAAUGAUUUACGCCAAUCACUCGAUUUUUUCAUUAAUAGGUUUGGUGACGUUUCUUCAUUUUUAAUGGACAUAAUCCAGUUUAGUAUCGAAGAUGAAUCCUUGCUUGAAUUGUUGAAUUUAUUUUUCCCUUAUAUAAGUGCAAAAUUGCAAAGAGCCAAUUUAGGUGAACGUACUUACUUGAAUUAUAUUUCAAUUUUCCAAUCUUUGGUUUCCUUAAAACCAGUGGCUGCAAUUUUUUCCCAAAUCCAGGGUUUCCAACCUCCAGAUAUAAACAAUCCAUUGGACUAUGAACAAAAGACAUUAUUGGGACCAUUGUUGAGAAUUUCUCCACUAUUAAAUGAAAUGGGAAUUUGCUAUUUCGAGGGUGAUGUUUCAUCAAUGACUCCUGCUCAAUUGAACAAUACUUAUGGCUCAAUUGUGAGUGAACUAAAAGUUAUUAUUGAUCAUAUGUUGGCUAUUGUCGAUAAGUUAAUCAGGGGGUCUGCCAAAACUAGAGAAGAUUUAUUGAAAUGGUUUGCUAAGUUGAUUAAUUUGAGUCAUUUGAGAAGAGGUAGUCAUGCAAAUUUUGAGAAAUUACCAAGUGAUGGUAUAAUGUAUAACAUCUCAAUGGUGUUGAUAAGAUUAAGUUUGCCCUUCUUGGAUCACCCAACAUUCGGGAAGAUUGAUAAGAUUGAUGUCAAUUAUUUUUUGAAAAGUAAUUUGAUUGACAUUUCAGAAGAAUCCAGAGUUAAUUCAACUAUUGAAGAAGCCAAUAAUUACUACUCUGAGAAAAAGGCUGCAGCAAGUCCAGAGGAGUUAGCAGCACCAAAUUUCAUUUCUGAUUGUUUCAAUUUAACUUUAGCGUACUUGCACUAUGGUAUGGGUGGUAUUUUCAACAAGUAUGAGCGUAUUAGUCGUCAAAUCCAACAAAUGGAACCCAGAUUGGCUACUUUAGAAUCUGGUGGGGCUAUACCAGGCGUUACUCCUGCUAUGGCAAAUUCUAUGAGAAGAGAGCUUCCUAGAUUUAAAAAUGACAUGCGGUUAUUACGUACCAGGAAGCAAGUGGUUAAAGCUGUAUUCAAUGACAGAAGCUUGCAGUUGGAAGUGUUUGAUUUUGUUAUUGGGGCAGUCACAUUUAUUACCAGAAUGAUUGAUUCGAAACACCAAUAUCCACUUGUGAAGCUUUCUAUUCCUAUUUUUAAAAUUUCCAAUAUUUCACAAUUGGAUGAUCAUGAAUUUUUGAAAACCAAGACCCCUGAGCCUUGGAAAUACUAUCCUGAGUUUAUCUUGGAAGGGAUCAUCAAUUAUUGUAAAUUUUCUGCUAAUUAUAUAGGAUGUCCUUUGGUUUCCAAUGAAGAUAAAUUGAACAUUUUUGUUGAGCUUCUGACAAUAUUGUUGAGAUGUCCCGAAUUGAUUGGUAAUCCACACAUGAAGGCAAAUUUAGUUGAAUUAUUGUAUAUUGGGUCCCUUCCAAUGCAAAAUGGUAACCCAGGUUUUAUGGCUAAUAUUUUCAAUGGUAAUCGCAUGGUUAUGGAUAAUAUCUUAUAUUCUUUACUUGACUUUUACGUCAUGGUAGAAAAAACCGGUGCUUCAUCCCAAUUUUAUGAUAAAUUCAACAGUCGUUAUUAUAUAUCUGUCAUUUUAGAAGAAUUGUGGAAGAAUCCUCGCUAUCGUUUCCAAUUGACUGACUAUUCCAAAAACAAUGUUGAUUUUUUCAUCAGAUUCAUUGCCAGAAUGUUGAAUGAUACCACAUACUUGUUAGAUGAAACAUUUAAUUGUUUGAAUUCAAUCCACGAUUUGCAACAAGAAUUGAAAAAGAGACAAGCUCAAGGUGAAGCUGACGAGACAAUGGGUACUGAUGAGGAGUUAUCUAAUAACUUGGAAGAAAAUGAACGUAAAGUCAAGUCGUACAUGGGAUUGUCCAAUAAGACAAUGGAGUUGUUUAAAUUGUUUACCGAGGAAGUUCCAAGUGGGUUCGUUUUGCCAGAAAUAGUUGAUAGAUUAGCUGGUAUGUUGGACUAUAACUUGUCCAUUAUGGUGGGACCAAAGUGCUCCAACUUGAAAGUUGCUGAACCAGAGAAGUAUGGCUUUGAACCUAAGAAAAUUUUGACCGACUUGGUUCAAAUCUAUGUCAAUUUAUCAACUCAACCAGCAUUUGUUACUGCUGUUGCAAGGGAUGGACGAUCAUUCAACAUUUCUUAUUUCAAGAAGGCAGAAAACAUAUUGAGAACAAAAACUUUUGUUAAAAAUGAAGUUAUUAACACUUUGGUUGAAUUUGCUAAUCAAGCUGAAACCACAAGGGUAGCUGAGGAAAAUGAAGAGUUGGAGUUGGGAGAAAUUCCAGAUGAAUUCUUGGAUCCAUUGAUGUUUACUUUAAUGGAAGAUCCAGUUAUUUUACCUUCUUCCAAGAUAAGUAUUGACAGAUCAACUAUUAAGGCACAUUUAUUGAGUGAUUCGACAGAUCCUUUUAAUAGAAUGCCUUUGAAACUCGAGGAUGUAAUUGAUGAUGUUGAGUUGAAACAAAAAAUCACAGAGUUUAAACAACUGAAGAAACAAGAGAAACUUGAUCAAGAGGACGUGGUAAUGAAAGAGUAA